GUGGCGAGCCUCCUUAUCCCUGUCUUUCCCUCCUUGUUCUUCCUAUGUCCUACAACCUUAGUCCCAUUACUUGAUAUUUUUUUCAAUUUCUUCGAGGUUUUGUUCUCCACCAAUCUCUUCAUUUCACUACACACAUGGAGUUACGAACCGCAAUUCUCCAAUCCUCUUGUUCACUUCCUCCCAGGUUUCACACUCUUAAACCCACCGCAGAUUUUCCCUCCCCCUUCUCCUUUUUCGUUACAAAUCCACUUAGACUUUCAUGCUUCAAAGAUCAACAGCAUUCCUUUCUAGUCGCAGCGCGUGACACAAGGGCAGUGCUGAAUUGUAUCAGUGAAGGGUUGUCUUGUACUGGUACCAGUAGAGGUGAUGGUUCUUGUGAUGAUCCUAGAGGUAGUGAUGAGAAAAGGGAUGGUGAGGAUGGCAUGGGGUUCUUGGAUAACUAUGAAAUAAUCAUUAGAGAUUGUGACAAGCUAAUUGAGGCUUUCAUGGCAGAGGGGACCGAUUGGAGGAGCUUGUUAGUUUUCAACAAGAAGUGGAACAAUAUUAGGCCUCAUUUUUUUAGACAUUGUCAGGAUAAAGCUGAUGCAGAAGACAAUUUGGUGAUGAAGAACAAGCUGCUCUCACUUGGAACGAAGCUUAAAGAGAUAGAUGAAGAAUUGCAGAGACAUAAUGAACUUAUCGAAAUGAUCAAAGGGAAUCCAUCUGAAAUUAGUGAAAUUGUCUCCAGGAGUCGUAAAGACUUCACGAAAGAAUUCUUUAUGCAUCUUCGUAUAAUAGCUGAAUCGUAUGACGACAAUCCUGACAUACAAAAUGAUUUGGAAAAGCUUCGGAGUAUGUGCUUGGCUGCUGUAAAAGUCUAUGACACUGCAACUGAAAGCAUUGAAGCACUGAAUGCUGCAGAAUUGAACUUCCAAGAUAUUAUCUAUUCUCCCGUGGAUGAUUCUUGCUGGAAGAUAGACAAUGUAGCUGAGAAUAGUCAAUGCUUCAUUCCAGAAUUAGUAGCUCAUUGGCUGCGAUUGUGUUAUAAUGUGGAAGAAGUAGGAAGGAUACAUGCAAUUGUCUUGAAAUGUUUUAGUCAUUCAGUUACUUAUGUUGAUAAUAAUUUGAUUUGUAGUUAUUUAAGAUUGGGUAAGUUAGCUCAGGCUCGUAGGGUGUUUGAUGGAAUGUCAAGGAAGAAUACUGUUACGUGGACUGCUAUUAUUGAUGGAUAUUUAAAAUUUAACUUGGAUGAUGAAGCUUUUGAGUUAUUUCAAGAUUCAGUUAAACAUGGGGUUCCAGCAAACAGUAAGAUGUUUGUCUGUAUCAUGAAUUUGUGUGGUAAAAGAGUGGAUUUGGAGUUGGGGAAACAAAUCCAUGCUCGUAUUUUGAAAAGCAGAUGGAGGAAUUUAAUUGUUGACAAUGCAGUUAUUCAUUUUUAUGCAAAAUGUGGCAAUAUAUCAAGUGCAUUUCAAACAUUUGAUUGUAUGGCAGAGCGAGAUGUAAUAUGUUGGACGACUAUGAUUACUGCUUGUUCCCAACAAGGGUAUGGACAUGAAGCCUUGUUGAUGUUGUCACAAAUGCUCGGUGACGGUUUCUUUCCUAAUGAAUAUACUAUAUGUAGUACACUAAAGGCUUGUGGAGAGAAUAAAGCAUUGAAAUUUGGGACACAGCUGCACGGUGCCAUAAUAAAGAAGAUCUGUAAGAGUGAUGUUUUUAUCGGAACUUCCCUAGUUGAUAUGUAUGCAAAAUGUGGGGUGAUGGUGGAUUCUAGGGAAGUGUUUGAUAGAAUGAGAAUUAGAAAUACUGCUACUUGGACAUCUAUUAUAUCAGGAUAUGCUCGAAAUGGGUUUGGUGAAGAGGCAAUAAGCUUCUUCCAAAUAAUGAAGAGCAAAAGAAUACCUGUUAAUAAAUUGACAAUUUUAAGUGUCUUGAUGGCUUGUGGCACAAUUAAGGCUUCACUAAUUGGAAGAGAAGUUCAUGCACAGAUAAUCAAAAGUAUUAACCAUACUAACAUAUACAUAGGAAGCACUUUGGUAUGGUUCUAUUGCAAAUGUAAAGAAUACUCUCAUGCUUUGAAGGUGCUCCAACAUUUGCCUUUUAGGGAUGUUGUUUCAUGGACUGCCAUUAUCUCUGGGUGUUGCAGGCUUGGGCUUGAACAUGAGGCUUUGGAAUUUUUGCAGAAAAUGAUGGAGGAAGGCGUGCUGCCUAAUUCCUAUACUUACUCAUCAGCCUUGAAAGCUUGUGCAGAACUAGAAGCUCCAAUGCAAGGAAAAUUAAUUCAUUCCUAUGCAAGCAAGACCCCUGCCUUGUCUAAUGUAUUUGUAAACAGUGCUUUAAUAUAUAUGUAUUCAAAAUGUGGAUAUGUUGCUGAUGCUUUUCAAGUUUUUGACAACAUGCCAGAGAGGAAUUUAGUUUCUUGGGAAUCCAUGAUUUUGGCUUAUGCAAGGAAUGGGCAUACUAGAGAGGCUCUGAAGCUCAUGCGUAGAAUGCAAGUUGAAGGUUUUGUGGUGGGUGAUUAUAUCCAUGCAACAGUUCUUACUGCCUGUGGGGGUGUUGAGCACGGAGACAUUCUUCAGGAUAGCAUGUCUUCUUCUCAUCACUUGCAUUCCUAGCAUUCUUUUACCGGAUAGGAUCAUCAAUGAACAUUGUAGAACAAGUGAUAGCCUAAUUAGAUGAGAAGGAUUAGACGUAUAGAAGCUAAAGGACAAUGUAUACUCAGUAGAUGAGAAGGAUACAGAAAGAUUUUUAGUAACGAUGUGCCACCAAAUGCUAGUGAUAGCCUUCAUUUGUUGUCUUUGCAUCUACCCUUAAUGUAAAAGAUUUAACAUGAUGAGAAAAUGAAAAAGGAAACAGGAAUAUCUCAAUCACUUCAUGACCAAAUGGGUUUUCUAUGAGUGACAUUGUCUCAGAAAGAUUCCAUUUACGAUGAAGGUUGCUGGUCUCAAAAUAAGAUCUGUGUAUUGUAUUGUGUUAUUCACUUUGGCACUUUCACUAUAAUCCUAAAGCAAACUGUAAAUUAGAGCACAGGAGAAAGUUCGUAAAUGUGCCUCACUCCACUCCACUAUAACACAUGGAAUCUCUUGCACACUACAUCCAUCAUGUUAAUGUAUCUUAAUUUACGCUCAAAAUCAAAUCCUGAGACUAAGACAUGUUAAAGAGUAGUAUACUAGUAUUUUAUUUUUCCUUUCUAGUGCACAAACUCUUGCUUUCUUUAAAUAAGGAUUUUUUUUUGUUACACGCUAAUAUCAGAGCAAUGAGAGCUUCAUAUUAUGAAAGAGAAACAAUAUUUUUGGUAUAA